AACCAUUUUCAAGUUAAAGGCUUUUGCGGGUCGUGUUCAAUUAUAUAGUGGAAUCAUGGUCACAUCUUUGGGAGGCUCAGCUGACUUCUCCUGCCUUGGUCUGAUUCCGGGGUUCGGGUUAACGAAGUAAGGUGUGUCACAGCAUGCCGCUAGCACAGUACCAGCUACCUUAGAUAGCUACCGAGGCCUGAACAUCAGGCCUAGACACAAUAGGGCAUGGCCGUAGAGCUUUCCUCGUCAUUAAAUAUUUGCAGAGACUUUAGAACAACAACAACAUUUGUACAACAUAAGCAGAACAUUGGAUAUAUUGAUUGGAUUUCCAAUUGCACACCUUCGCUCCCCUCGAAUAUAUCCUACACUCGCUAACCCCCGCCAAACUCCCCAUGUCCACCGAACGAGACGAACAGGAGGAAGAGAGGAGAGCAGAAAUCGUCUCCAGGCACAUCGACCCCGCAUACACCGCCCACUUCGACGACAACCACCAAGGCUCAGGCACAGGCACAACCUCCACACAAACCUCCGAUGAACAGCGAGAACACGAAAGCUCCCUGAAGCUGCAGGGCGGCGACAUCCACCGCGACAUCUACAAGAUCAGUGCCCGCGGCAGCGGGAGUCCCAUGCAGCGCGCGCAGACAUUCUCGCAUCCUGGCAGACCAACCGUCACUCACGCCACGGAACAAAGAGAGCCAGGAGGGUUCAGGAGGCAUUAUGUGCAGCAGCAGUUGCUGAAGAGAUCGAAGAGCUUCACGGCUCCGAUUACGAGUAAUUUCGUGCAUUUCCUGGAUCUGUAUGGUUCGUUUGCUGGGGAGGACCUUGCGGAGAGCGAGGAUGAUACUGCGGUGGAGAGUGACGAGGAGGAGAGGCUGUUAGAUGAUGAAGGUGAGGGAGAUGGGGAUGGAGAGAGGAGACCCUUGUUAGGGAGACGGAAAUCUACGAGGGCGAGUAAACCUGGAGAUGCGAGUAUGACGAGGACGUUCUUCCUCUUGAUCAAGUCGUUUAUUGGAACUGGUGUGCUGUUCCUGCCAAAGGCGUUCAAGAAUGGUGGAUUGGCUUUCUCGCUGGUUACGCUGGUGCUGAUCUCGCUGGUAUCUUGCUUGGCUUUUCAUCUACUGCUGAAAUGUAGAGCGAAAUAUGGGGGUGGAUAUGGUGAUAUUGCGGAAGCUAUUGGAGGGAAGAGGAUGAGGUCGAUUACCUUGGCAUCUAUCACGCUUUCGCAGCUUGGAUUUGUCUGCGCUGGUAUCAUCUUCACGGCUGAGAACCUGUACUCGUUUCUAGAAGCUGUUAUCAAAGGAGCUUCACCGCUAUCUAUCAUGGCUCUGAUUGGGAUACAACUGAUCGUUUUGGUUCCCUUGGCAUUUAUUCGAGAUAUCUCAAGGUUAGGCGGCGCAGCAUUACUUGCCGACGUCUUCAUCCUCCUCGGCCUGGGAUACAUCUACUGCUACGACAUCUCCACCCUCGCCACCGAAGGCAUGAGCCCCACCGUCAAGAUGUUCAACCCCCGCGACUUCACCCUAACCAUCGGCUCCGCCAUCUUCACCUUCGAAGGCAUCGGCCUCAUCCUCCCCAUCCAGUCCUCCAUGAAGGAGCCGCAGAAGUUCGAGCGUCUCUUAUACGCAGUCAUGAUCAUCAUAACCAUCAUCUUCGCCUCUGUCGGAGCCCUCAGCUACGCAACAUUCGGUGACAAAACAACCGUCGAGAUCAUCAGCAAUUUCCCGCAAUCAUCUAAACUCGUCAACGCCGUCCAGUUCCUCUACUCGCUUGCUGUCCUCGCUGGUGAUCCCGUGCAGUUAUUCCCCGCCAUGCGUAUCCUCGAGGGGUCAAUCUUUGGACAUCGCUCGGGCAAGCAGAACGUCAAGACGAAGUGGAAGAAGAAUGCGUUUCGGACGCUGCUGGUUUGUGGAUGUGGAUUGGUUUCUAUUCUAGGUGCCACGAAUCUGGAUAAAUUCGUUGCGCUGAUUGGGAGUUUUGCGUGUGUGCCGCUGGUGUAUAUCUAUCCCGCGUAUUUGCAUUGGAAGGGUAUUGCUGAGGGGAGAUAUGUGAAGAUGGGGGAUGUGCUGUUGAUGGGCGUGGGGUUUGUGGCUAUGGUUUAUACGACGGCUGUUACGCUUAGUCGGUGGUCGAGUAGCUGAUCUACAGGGACACAUGAAUAGAUUUGGCAUGUGUGUGUAUUUAUGUAUCACACCUUAUAAAAUCAAGAUAUCUGGUUGGGGAAUUCAAUGUUAGAGUUUACUUCCCCGUUUGCGUCUUGAUAUUCACGUCCUAGAUAUUCCACAUCUCAGUAAGUCCUGAUCCCAAGUGGCUUCCAGACUCCUCACUUCAGUAGUGAGCAAAGAGACCUCCUUUGUGUUAUGGAGCUUUGAAU